UGAAAUCCGUAUUAGCCUACUGCAAGAUAAUCUUUACUCUAUUUAUGUAGACUAAAGCGUAUAUUUACUGUACUGUAGGCACAAGUUGUCUACACUUUCAAUACUGCUCUGUAUUCUGUCUGUUUCAAUCAAAAUAGGUCAUGACCAAUUUAGCUUGACACUUUGACACAAAAGCAGAGAUUACCAGCUCUACACAGUAAUUAUUUUUUUGUUUUGUUUUUUUUUUUUUUUUAAUGUUUAAACUUUAAAGUUUAUAAAAAGUUUAUAAAUUUAUAAUUAAUUAUGAAACUUAUUGUAGGCAGAAAAUUCUUACAUUAAAUUUAUGAAGAUAUUUUUUUUUUUAAAUUUUGCUUUUAAAUUAGAUUAUUUAUUUAUUUUAUGUAUAUUAGCUAAACUUGAAUUGAGUCUCGGGACUAAUUUUUUUGUUAAGUGUUGCCGUGCUCAUCGGCGUAGGUUUGAGACUGAUGUCUACGGCUUAUCUGGGUUGUAUAGAAAAUAAGAUUAGUUGGCCGGUAGCAUUGAAUGCGGCAUGACGUGCCACAAAAAUAGAAAACUGUCGCGGAAGUGGAAUUGCUAGCAAUUUCCGGUAAUUUUGCGAGCCAAGUUUACAGUUGGCCAAAUCAUUCGAAAUUUAUAGCUCGUGGCUGGCAGAUCGCUGAAAUGUUGGUGUCAUUGUUUUGCGUGUUAUGGUUAGUUGGCGCUUGCCACAGCGUAUCGAUUGUGGAACAGGAUGUUUUGCGCUUUGGCCAAGAGCUCGAACAGCUGCUGAACACGACAUUUUCGCCUUGCCAAGACUUCUUUGGCUAUGUUUGCGGACGCACCGCGAAUCAGACACUGCGCCUUCAACAGGAACAGCUGCGUUUUCAGCAGCUACUGCGCCUAAACAAUCCCGAUAAACUUCUGGCCAUGGAGCAACAGCUGCUCAACUUUUACAAAUCCUGCCAGAGCGGUCGCAGCCUGGACUCGCUCAUGUCCACGCAGCUGUACAAGAGCAGCGGUGGCUGGCCUGCACUUGAAUCCAGCAGCAUUAAUCAAACUGGACUCGGUUGGUUGGGACUGCUCAGCCAGUUCCAUGAGAUGGGAGCCCCGUAUUUCUUCGAGACUCGCAUCAGCAUGCAGUCGAACAAACGGCUGGUCACAUUGCAGCCAGAUGUCACCAGGCGCCACACGUUGCGCAAGUUUGAGCAGCGUGUGGGCGAGCUGCUCCAGAGCUUCGGUGUCGAGCAGAGUCGGGCCCAUAUCGUAUCGCUGGAGGUGCUCAGCCUGGAGCGCAAUCGCCGCGAUAUCAUUAAGACGGAGCGUAUUGAUGAUCAGGUGCAGUUCAGCUAUGCGAAUUUCAAGCGAUGCUCGUUCGGCAACUUCUCGAUGUCUCGCCUUGAUUGGGAUGCCUAUUUUCGCAACCUGCUCGGUGGCAAGAUGUUGAAGCCCACAGACGCAAUUGUUGUUAGGCAGUUGCCCCGCCUUGUAGACUAUAUUCAGCUAUUGCAGAAUACGAGCAUGCAUCGACUACUUAAUUGGAUUUGGAUUGAUUAUUUGAUAGAUAUUGUAACCGCCGACUGUCAGCAGCUGGCCGACAUCUAUGCCGGCGAUGUCUAUGCGCAUCUGCUGCAGCGCUUGAGCACGGAUCGCGUACAAUUGACACAGAUGUAUGCGAGCAUUGGCAGAGCCUACAAGGCGCAGUUGGUUGGCAGUGUGUGGAUAGACGAGAUCUCCGAGCAGUCGUCAAAGCGGUUUCUGAGCCAGGUGAUGCACAUAAUGCUCAAUGGAGAUGAGUACUUAGAUGCUGCCUACCAGGACCUACAGCUGGGUCGUCGAAACUUCUAUAGGAAUAUGGAGAAGCUGCGGCGCUUCCAACACAAUCGACCGCCACCUUCACCAGCUGCGUUGCAGCUCCGCCAAUUUGCGCGAGGCUUUGAGACCAUCUAUGGAUUAUUGCCAAAACAGCAACACCAGAACUUGACAGCACCGCUUGGCUAUGUGCUGCUUGCGGAACGCUUUGCGCGUCAUCUGGUGGCUGCCGGCAGCAGCAGUCGCACACCCGGCGCCUGGCGCAGCAUGGACUCAGAUCGCCAGUUCGCCCAGUUUGUGAACUGCAGCAAGACGGCGACCAACACAAAUGCCCACGAACUGUUACUGAAUACGCUGGCUCAGCGCCUGGCCGGUAGCAGCUACAGAGAGUGGCUGGGUCAGCAGCCUACAGCGAACAGAGUGAAUGUGCUGCUGGCUGCAGGUAGGCUGCAGUUAUCGCUGCAGCGCCUGUACUUCAUUGGCAAUCUGCUCAUGGAGUGCCCAGAAGGACAGCAGGAGCAUAAACGUCAGCUGCAGCACACGCUCUUGCGUAAUACUCCCGAAUUCAGCGAGGCGUUCAACUGUCGCUUCGGCGAUGCACUUUAUGUGCAGCCGCAGCCUUGCCACCUCGCUGAAAAUCUUGCGCGCAACGUUAGUGCAUAACAAAAAUGAAUCGAAGCAGAUAAAUGUGAGUGUAUCAACCUUGAACUUUUUCUUUUUUUCCUGUGGCAGGAAAUCAAUAAACUGCAAGCACAUGGGGUUGUUGGGGAUUAA